AUGGUUCUCUCAUUUAUCAUUGUCCAGAAUCGCCAGGGCAAAACGCGCCUGGCGAAGUGGUACGCACCGUACAGCGAUGAGGAGAAAGUAAAGCUCAAGGGCGAGGUCCAUCGCCUUGUCGCCCCGAGAGAUCAGAAAUAUCAGUCGAAUUUCGUCGAGUUCCGAAGAAGCACCAAGAUCGUCUACCGUCGAUACGCGGGGCUAUUUUUUUGUGUCUGUGUGGAUGCCAAUGACAACGAGCUGGCGUACCUGGAGGCCAUCCAUUUCUUCGUCGAAGUGCUGGACCAAUUCUUCGGGAACGUUUGCGAACUGGAUCUGGUGUUCAAUUUCUACAAGGUCUACGCGAUUUUAGACGAGGUCUUUCUCGCCGGCGAAAUCGAAGAAACGAGCAAGCAGGUAGUGCUCACGCGACUGGAGCAUUUGGAUAAGCUGGAGUAA